AUGGCGGCCCCAGCAAGCGCAUCACUCUCAGCGCCGGCCCAGCAGAUAGCUGAGCGAGCGACGUCCGAUGAGCCUACAACAUCAGUCGAACUGAACACUUUGUCACCACAUCAGCCAUCACCAACAGAGCCUGCCACAACCUCCUCCCUACCGCCGCCCACCACAUCCGCCACUCCUGCCGCGCCGAGCGAGCAACAACUCCCAGCGCCUUCUCCAGACCCACAAACAACAGCCACAUCACCCACCGACCCAGCAGUCACGUCCGCAGCUCCCACAUCUCGACCCCAUGCCGCCCCCCGCGCUGAAACAGAGGCGAUAGGCCCCUCCACCGACACGCCCACCCCCGCGGCAGACCCCUCAGGCGGCCCCGCCGUCAUCAUCACGCUGCUAGUUACGGCGGGCACGAAGCACCCGUACAGAGUGGAUGCGAAGUACCUCAGGAAAAGAGGGGUUGAGGUCGAAGGGAUGGAUCCAUUCAACGUGAGCGUUUACCAGCUCAAGGAGCUUAUAUUGCGAGACUGGCGGGAAGAAUGGGAGUCCCGGCCAAGCUCGCCAAAUGCGAUAAGGCUUAUUCACUUUGGGCGGUAUUUGGAGGAUAACGCGUAUCUAAAAGAUUGCCGCUUCAACCCUAGUUCUCCCAACGUCGUCCACAUGACCGUCAAGCCCCCCGAGCUCGCCGACGACGAAGACGCCCACGCCUCCAAAGCGCAAAAGGGCUCGCGGACGCGGAGCGACAGAGGUGAUGACGAGCGGACGGCUGGGUGUAGGUGUGUCAUUCUCUGA